AUGGGCUUGGAAGAGGCUGAGGGCGACCAUCUAUCUGUCAUCACUCGAGAUGAUCUAGCAGGGGAGGAUCGUGACUAUCAGGGUAUCAUCUGGUCGAAGCGUAUGCCGCGGGCUGAGUUCCGGUCAAAGAGGAGGAACGAAGAGAAGGCCAGACUAUCCAAGGUCAUGCGGCAGUACAAUAAAAGACACCCCCCAAUAAAUCAAACCGAGAACUUCUUCUCAUUCCGGAGGAUGGAUAAAAGACAUCGACCGUGGGGUCCACAUUUCCAGUUGCGCAACAUGAUGGCUGUUACUUCACGGCAAGACAUAUACUACGCAGAACGUCUAAAGGGUAUUUUCAAGACGGACGCAUCCGGAUCAAAGGCUCAACCCAUCAUUGAUACGACCAAGCACACCGUCAACGGCAACAUGCCUAUGAUUACUACAAUGGCGGCCAUGGACCAAGUCCUGAUUGCGGGCGGGUUCGAGGGCGAGUACGCCGUAGUGGAUCUGGCUUCCAACAAUGGACCCCAUACCUCGAUGGACGUCAUCCGAGACUGGGCUCCAGAGACGAAGUCCUUCAUAACAAACCACGUCCACCUCUUCAAUGACCGUUCCUCCUACACCCCGCAAGCCGUCCUCAGCUCCAACGACUUCAGCCUCCGCGUCCUCGACUGCGCAACCAACACCUUCCGCUACAAAUUCCCCUUCUCGGCCGCCGUCAACUGCUCCGCCACCAGCGCCGACGGCCGCCUCCGCGUCGUCGCCGGCGAUUUCCCGGAAACCCUCAUCACCAACGCCGAAACGGGCGAAACCCUCCAGACCCUGCGUGCACACGAGGGCGACGCGUUCGCCUGCGCCUGGGCCGACGACGGCAUCCACGUCGCAUCCGCUGCGCAGGACGGCACCAUUGCCGUUUGGGACGCGCGCUGCUGGCGGGCGCCCCUUGCCGUGCUCCCCUGCGAGCUGUCCAUCCCGCGCGUCCUCCGAUUCUCGCCCCUAGGCUCCGGCCCGCGCGUGCUCGUCGUCGCCGAGGCGGACGACUACGUCUCCGUCAUCAACGCGACGACGUUUGCCAACAAGCAGGUAUUCGACUUCUUUGGGCAGACGGGCGGCGUGGAUUUCGCGCCUGAUGGACAGAGCUUGUUCGUUGCGAAUAGCGAGUUUGGUCUCGGCGGGAUUAUCGAGCUUGAGCGUGCGGGCGGGUGGGAUGCCGAGCGGGUGCUGGGGGACGUGGAAGAGCGGUAUUGGGAUGGCAAAGUGGUGGAUUGGGCGGGUGAGGACGAGAUGGAUGGGAAUUACCGUGUGCUGUGUGGUAAGGGAGAGAGAAAUAGACGGGGCUUGGAUCUGGGGAGUGUGGAUGUGUGA